AACUUUAAGUUAAGAAUAGCGAAUUUGUUUACCUUCAAUGGCUAAAAUGAUGGUUCAAAUUUUAGUGUCAAUGAUACUUGUGUUUGUUCUAAUGGCAGAGGCAGGGGCAACUCCUCCAGGAAUUGCUAAAGGCCAGCAUGGCUAUGCAAGCUGCAAGAUACAGAAAUACAAACAUUGCUAUAAUUUAGUUCAUGUAUGUCCUAAGUUUUGUCCUUAUGGUUGUACUGUGGACUGUCCCUCAUGCAAACCAAUUUGCAAUUGUGAUAAACCAGGAUCUGUUUGUCAAGACCCUCGUUUCAUUGGUGGUGAUGGACUCACUUUUUACUUCCAUGGCAAGAAAGACAACAACUUCUGUCUUGUUUCUGACACCAAUCUCCAUAUCAACGCACACUUCAUAGGUAGAAGAAAUGACAACAUGAAGAGGGACUUCACUUGGGUCCAAUCCAUUGCUAUUCUCUUUGACAAUCACCAAAUCUUCCUUGGAGCACGGAAAACAGCCACAUGGGAAGAUUCUGUGGAUCGUCUUGCCCUCUCAUUCAACGGCGAACCGAUCACUCUCCUAGAAUCAGAAGGUGCAAAAUGGGAAUCAUCUGGUGUGUCCAUUGUUAGGGAAACUUCCACAAACAAUAUCAUUGUUGAAGUUGAAGGAAAAUUUAGGAUAACCGCGAAAGUGGUCCCUAUAACAGAAGAAGAUUCGAGGGUUCACAAUUAUGGUAUCACGAAAGAUGAUUGUUUUGCUCACCUUGAUUUAGGUUUCAAAUUCUAUUCAUUGAGCAACCAAGUGAGUGGGGUGUUGGGUCAGACAUACAAACCUGAUUAUGUGAGUGGUGUGAAAAUUGGAGCAAAGAUGCCAAUAAUGGGAGGUGGAAAAGAGUAUGAAACUACAAGCUUGUUCUCCCCAGAUUGUUCUGUUGCUCGUUUUGUUGCCAAUAAAGGAUUCAACAAUAAUGAUAUUAUUGCUAUGGUGGUGGAGUGA